AUGGAUUUAAUGUUGCUCGUACCAACAUCUAAGGAGCAGUUAAACUCGGAUGCAAAUCAAUCAUUUCCAGCUACCAAACACAAAUGUAAAAUGCCCCCUGAAUGGGACGAGCUAAGGAAUGUGAUAGUAGGUAACGGACCUUGUGCUGAAAUUCGGCGAUGGUUUCGUCGUAAGUGUUUGGUGUCGCAAAAGCAUCCACAAACGCAGUUCUGCUUGCGAAGUAAAGCUGCAAUCUCAUACGAACAUACUAGACACUUGAAUUUAUAUGCCUACAUGAUACAUCCAUUCAGCGAAUUCAGGAUAUUCUGGGAAUCAUCAAUGAUUUUAGUGGUGAUCGCGUCCAUACUGUUCCAACCGUUCCACGUUACUUUUCACCAUGAUUCAGAAAUCGGAGAAUGGUUCUUCAUCGCGGUGUUCUUGAACAGUAUUUUAUUGAUCGAUAUUGUGCUGUGGUUUAUGACCGGACACCACGACUUCCGGACAAACGUUGUUGUGUUGGAACCAAAAAUUGUUGCACGUAAAUAUAUCAUGGGCUGGUUCUGGAUCGACGCAUUGCCAGCCUUACCAAUCGAACUGUAUUUUAUCUUGUCGGGAAUGGAUCUACAUUCCCACCAAGUGUACUUCCACUUUCAAAUGCUCAAGCUUUUGAAAUUGCGAACUCUCAUAGUAUACGCACGUCGCAUGCGUCGGGUUUAUAACGUGUCGUUCCAGAUGUACAAAUCCUUAGCAAUAUCAAUCUCAAUUGUAUUAAUUCUUCAUUGGGCAGCUUGCGCCGAAUAUUAUGUUUCUGCGACUGUCCGGCAAUGGUAUCUUGAGUCUGGCGUGGAUCACGAUAACUGGACCACUCUCCCACACGUGGCACAAGGCAAUACUGGAUACAAGUACAAUAUGGCUUUGUACAGGGCAGUUGCAGCCAUGGUCAGUGCUUUGAAAUAUGAUAGUUUGUCUUCGGUAGAAGAUGUCACAUUUAUGGUGAUAGCGCAGACUGAUAAUACCUUAUAUGGUUCAACAGCGCAGUGGCUUGAGCUGACAAACGCUUGUCAAGGUACAAAUAACAACUAUUUACGACUUGUGCCGCAAUUGCAGGAAUAUAUGAGACACAAGGAACUGCCUUCUGAAAUUCAAUACCGUCUCACCACCUACUACGAAUAUUGUACACAGAGAUCUAUUGAUUUGGAAAAAAGUAUCAUGAGUCAAUUAUCAGCGCAUUUAAAAGAGGAGCUAACGCUGCAUAAUUCUCGGAAGUUGGUUGAAAAAGUAACAUUAUUUAAGUGCUUACCAGAAGCCCUCGUAUCGCGUAUUGCAAUGUCUCUGCAUACUGAAGUCUUCCUUACAAAUGACAUAAUAUUCAAGGCAGGGACAACCGGGGACACGAUGUAUUUUAUCGCUUCCGGAACGGUUGCCAUAUACACAAGUUUAGGAAAAGAGGUCUGCCACCUGAGGGAUGGAGCGCACUUUGGUGAAAUAGCCUUGAUAAUGGAAAACGAUCAGCGGCUGGCGAGCGUUGUGGCGGUCGAGAUAUGCGAGCUUUACGUUUUAUCCCGCGAAGAUUUUCAGCAAGUCAUCGAACCGUUUCCAAACCUUAUGAAUAUCCUGCAGAAAUUAGUUCUGGAAAGAUUGGAGAAGACUGUAUUUUUAGGCGACCUGUAUCGUCUUGAGGGAAACAUACCCGCGGAUGUUUUUAAUAACGAUAAUCAGCGUUCUAACUCUGUGCGGAUAGAGAAUGAUAAAACAUGA